AUGAAGAAAAAGUUUCCCUACCAUUUGCUAGGACUAACCUGGAACAAGGAGCACACAUCCAACAUGGAGAAUGUGUAUUGUUACUGUGGCAAAGGCAUGAAAGACAACCAGCCCAUGCUACAGUGCGAUCAAUGCAAGCAGUGGUUCCAUCGCAGCUGCAUCAAAUGUCUGCCGAAACCACUGUUGUUUGGAGACACAUUUGGCGUUUUUCGCUGCUCUGUAUGCAACCAAGCGCCCGAGACAUUCCAGCGAAAGCCCUCUAGCUGGAUUACCAUCGUUCAUCUCGUCAUCUACAACCUGAUUAGAAACGCUCAAUUAGAUAAUGCCAAAAAGCCCAAAAAGGACAGACGAGAUCAUUUCUACUUUCGAUGGAAGGAGGAUGUGUGUGCAUUCAUUGACGAUUACUGGGAUUAUCUCUGUCCUGAGAAGCAGCGCACAUCAGCUUGGCACAACACUAUUGCAAGCGUACUAUCAACACACAGCAACAUUUUCUUAUCCGGCUUUGAAAAGUUCAAGCAAAGUGCAUGGUGGACAUUGCAGAAGAUAGAGCCUCCUACGGCAUCAACGGCAAACGACAAAAAAGCACAUACCCGGGUGAAACCAACGCUAAGGAAGCCGUUAAAGAGAUCAUCAGUUCAAAUGGACGAAAAGAGCUUACCGGCCACCAAGAAAAAGAAGGCCAAAGCAGCACCCGUCGAAUCAGAUGGGGAUAAUGACUUGAUGGAUUUGAGCUCACUGUCAGAGCUGUCGUCUGCUGAAGAAUCCCUGUCUGAUUUUGAGGAUACAAAGGUAAAGAAGGAGCCCAGUCAGGAACCAACAUUACCACCUACAGAUAAAGAGGCUGUAUCUUCGCCAGUAUCAUCAGUAGCCAGAGAGUCCAUGGAUGAGGAAACACCAACUGCAUCAACAGAACCUGUGCGAGCCAAGGAGACAACGCCUGUCAUCAAGGCAGAGCUUACCAGUGCUCUGCGCGAUGAUUCCUUUGAUCCAAAUACACCACCCACAUCUACAGCUGCACCUACACCUACACCAUCCGCACUACCUACAUCAUCCAAUAUACCCAACACACCAUCUCAGUCUGCAGCCAGCACACACAACAACAGCAACAUCAACAACAGCACUUCCAACCCCACACUCUCGCCACAAGACGAAUGGCUACUACUGCAAAAACUAGAGCACUCAUCCAAAAAACUUCCGCCAGCAGCGUGUAGAUAUAAGCGUAAACUAGGCGUGCGUCGUCUGAAACGCAACUUGGGCAUCAAACUCUUUGACAUGGACAGCCAACUUAUUCACCUACUACGUAUGCCAAACCAUGCAUUAGAGCCUAUCCCCAAGGACACGACUAUUCAGCCAGCAUCCAAUCAACAGCAAGUAGAGCAACAGCAGGACAAUCAACUCUUACUAGACAAGAUUACAUGGACACCGUACACAUCUUCAUUUGCCUCGCGAUUGUUUGGCUCUAUUCGACAGAAAAACACCUUGACUCGAGAUGAGCCAUGGCUAUCGUCCUGGAAUGGCCGUAAAUUACGGCCAUUUAUACGUCGCGAUUUCCAAAACAAGCCCAAACGCAUGUUGUUGAUGGGCCAGAUCAAGGCGUGUAAUGGAAAGCCGCACAAGAAAGGCCAAGAGGAACCUUCUGGCGUUGUGCCUGGAGAGAGCAUCGAUUACGUCUACUUUCAAAAGGAGCAUUUGCAGCAGGUAAACAUGUUGCUGAGUCGAUCUUUCUGGGAGGGCGUCGAUGUGUCUGAAUCAUUGCUGUUUCCUGAAUUCAGCAUUGUUGCCCUGUACAAGCGGCGAGUGAUUGGAUGUGCCUUCAUGACACCAGAAGCCUACAUCACUUAUUUUGCUGUAGAACCUGGAUGGACAAAUGCCAGUAUAGGACAGUUUAUGCUCUAUCACUUGUUCCAGACAGCCAUCUCCAAGGACAUCACAUUGCAUGUAUCAGCCAACAACAAUGCUAUGAUUCUCUAUCAAAAGUUUGGCUUCAAGCCAGAGGAGUUUAUUGUCAAUUUCUAUGACAAGUAUCUUCCAACAGACAGCGUGUUUAGUAAAAACGCCUUUUUUUUGAGAUUGAGAAGAUAA